AUGACAUUUACAAUCAUCGCACUUCUACGUCGAAGGGACGACAUCACCCCGGAGCAGUUCCGAACGCAUUACGAGACUGUUCACGUUGAGCUACUCAGGUCCCUGGUCCAGAAGGAGUUUCCGUUGACCUAUGUGCGCCACUACAUUUCUCGGCCUGGGGGUGGGUCGGCUGACGCGGCGCCUCUGCUCCUAAAGGAUCUGGACAAUCAGUCUGCGCCGACUCUUCUCCAGGGCAGGCCAUCUGACAUAACCUUUGACGUGGUGACGGUCAUGACGUGGGAGGACGAGGAGGCGCACGGGCGCUUUGCCAAAAUAUUCGCGUUGGAUCAUGUGGCUCAGAAGAUCAACGACGACGAGGCCAAUUUUCUUGACCGGGACAACAAGCUUGUCUUCACUGUUGGGAAGACGUCCACCACGGCGCCUGAGUGA